UUGAUGCUGAGACGGGACUGCUGUCAGUGACAGUGAGUCAAACUCUGUUCAGAUUUAUAGAGGCAGUUUCUCUUACAGUGAAUGGACUCGUCACAAGUAUGCGUUGCUAAUGAAUGUGUUUCUGCAAUAUGAAGGAUGGAAGAAGACGAUGUGACGAUCAGAGAGCAGAAUUUCCACAGCCAAGUGCGCGAGUACAUCAUCUGCUUCCUCCUGUUUGCAAUACUGUACAUUGUAUCAUACUGCAUCAUCACACGCUACAAGAGGAAAAGCGAUGACCAGGAAGAUGAGGAUGCCAUUGUCAACAGAAUAUCUAUGUACCUGUGUACAUUCACAUUGGCAGUGUCUGGAGGGGCCGUCCUCCUCUUGCCAUUCUCUAUAAUCAGUAAUGAGAUCCUGCUCUCCCUUCCCAAGAACUACUACAUACAGUGGCUCAAUGGAUCACUCAUCCAUGGCCUGUGGAACCUGGUUUCCCUCUUCUCAAAUCUCUGUCUCUUUGUGCUGAUGCCUUUUGCCUUUUUCUUUUUGGAGUCUGAAGGCUUUGCAGGUUCAAAAAAGGGCAUUAAGUCUCGUGUGCUGGAGACGUUUGUCAUGCUCUUUCUGUUGGCUCUCCUCAUCCUGGGCAUCGUAUGGGUGGCGUCUGCUCUUAUUGACAAUGAUGCUGCCAGCAUGGAAUCACUCUACGAUUUAUGGGAAUUCUAUCUGCCAUACCUCUACUCCUGCAUCUCUCUGAUGGGUGGCCUGUUGUUGCUCAUGUGUACUCCAGUGGGACUGUCACGCAUGUUCACAGUGAUGGGCCAGUUACUAGUCAAACCCACAAUUUUAGAGGAUCUGGAUGAGCAGAUUUAUUGUAUUCAGCUGCAGGAAGAGGCCCUGGAGCGCAGACUCAAUGGUAUAACAUCCAACUUUUAUUUCCAUGGAAACUCUCAGCAUCUCUACAAAGAGCUGGACAUGAUUCGCAAUCAGAGGAACAAACUUGAAAGGAGAAAGAAAGCCUCAGCCUGGGAGAAGAAUCUCCUUUACCCCAUAGUGAUGCUGAUCCUGCUUGCUGGAACGACAAUUUCUGUUCUUCUGGUUGCCCUGAACAUUGUGUACUUGCUUGUUGACGAGACCGCUUUGCCAAAGGGUUCAACGGAGAGAGAUAUUGGCAAUGCCCAUUUAUCCACAUUUGGAGUUGCCCAGGCAGUUGUUGAAAUCAUUCUCAUGAUUUAUCUGAUGGUCUCAUCUCUGGUUGGCUUCUAUAGCCUUCGCAUCUUUCAAGAGCUCACCCCAAGAAAGGACGACACUACCAUGACAACGAUCAUUGGUUGCUGUGUAUCCAUUCUAGUGCUGAGCUCUGCUUUGCCUGUCAUGUCCCGAACACUUGGAAUAACAAGGUUCGAUCUCUUGGGAGAUUUUGGGCGAUUUAAUUGGCUUGGAAAUUUCUACAUUGUACUUUCAUACAAUCUUCUGUUUGCUGUGGUAACCACGUUGUGUCUUGUGCGAAAGUUCACAUCUGCUGUGCGAGAGGAGCUCCUCAAAGCCCUUGGUCUGGAUAAACUGAAUCUGUCAAACAGUACAACAGAUACAGAAUCAGGGAAACAUGCUGCCAAUGGGCAUCAGAAAACUCUGUGAGAAUCAGCAAUGCAUACACUCAAACACAAACAACUGUAUGUGUAUGCGGUUGUUUUUUAUUUUAAUUUUAAGAAUAUAGUGACAUUCGGUCAGAGCAUCAAAAAAGAAAAAAAAAAUGCAAAAGGUGAAAGUGUGAGUGAGAUGGAACACAUUUGUGUUUAAGUCUGAGAUGAGACUCUUAUGUUAGUCUGAGAUGAAGGAUUUAGAUUUAGCCACCUGAAGAGAUGAAUAUCCUAGCUGAGCAGUGAAUAUAGUACAAAGUUGUACAUACCGCUGAUUCUCAAUACAGAAUGCUUCCACCAGCUUAUACUGUAUUUCUACAAUGAUGAAACUGGUGAAACAGUCUGUUUUCACAAUGAUUAAUGGAACUGGUUUAAAUUUUGAUUGGCAAAUUUAGGUUUGAUUUGUUUUUGUUGUUGUUUUAUUUGUUCUGCAUGUAAAUACUUUCAAUUCUCAUAAGUCAGGAAGUUAUUAUUAUUAUUAUUUUUUUUAUUUAUUUAAAUUUUUUUUUUUUUACUGACUCGCACAUCUAAGGCCUCUUGACUGCACCUUUUAAUGAGGUAUUAUUAUUUUUUUAUUUAUUUUUUUUAUUAUUAUUAUUUUUUUUAGGACAUCUAUAAUUUCCCAGUUGGAUGCAAUUAUGGGAAACUAUUAAGUAGUUUGCCAAGUUGAUAAUUCCACAUGUCUGUUACUUCCAAUGAAGUGCACAUAAAACUCAAUUUAUAGGUGAUAUUUUUUCCCUUAAUUGUUUGUUGAAAUUUUGCACCCUUAUAGAAUAGUAUUUUGUAAAAUGAAAUGGAACUUGUCACAUGAAACAGGUUCAGGGCCUGGAAGUCUUUUACAGUUUUGUGAAAACCUAACUGAUAAGAACAGCACACACAUGAAGUAUAAACAUUCUGAACAUACAUUAAGUUAGAGAUAUUUUCAUUUCAGAAUUGACUGAUUCAAUGCAAAUGAGGCUAUUUACAAGAACAGUUCAUAAAAAUCACAUCUACUAGCAAAAUAUGGGUUUUACAGCCGGAUGGCUAUUCUGUAGCUGUUUUCCCCUUAGCAUAUGACAGGUAACAUACACCCUUUGAACUUUGUAAUUGCUGCAAUGCUUUUUAAGGAUCUAUAUUUGCCUUUUUUCAAUGAAGCAUCACUAGCGGACAAGAAAACAGCCUUUAUACAUCUGGUGUGUACCUCGGAAGCUGCUUUGCUUUUUGCAAAUGGCAGAUUAUUAUAACCAUGAACACUGAAUUUGAAUUUGUACAAUUCAGUUUAUACAAUGUGUUUCGUUGACUCUAAUGCUGUAUUUUAGGCCAGCUCAGCCUGUUCAGUUUAGUGGAUUACUGGUGUAUGUAGAUCAGAGUCUAAACUCUUACAUUAUGUACAUUUUUGUGUAGAAUGGCUGUGAACACAGGACUGCAGAGCCAGAUCAUCCUAUAACACACCUUUUAAAGUAUAUUGUGCAGUGAUGAAAAAUUAAUGUGAAGUCGGAGCUGUGUUGGCAUGUAAAAAGUAACUCAUUGAAGGGUUUCCUUAGUAGUUUUGAAAUAUAAAAGAGUCAUAGAAACAUUUAAAUUUGUCUGCCCUCCUUUUUUAACUUUUAUUUUAAAGCUGCACUACGUAACUGUGUGUUCUCAAGCGACAUCUGUUGUUGAAACUUAAAAUUGCAAGCAAUUUGCGGAAGAAUACAUUACGUCAGUCGUGCUCUGGCUCUGCUCUUCUGGCGGAGGAAUCUCCCAGUUUGAGCUUACCUGGACAUCGCCUGUGUGUAAUCAUGUGUGUUCUUAAAUUUUCAAUUUAAGAAGUUAAACUCAUGAUAUGGCUGAUACGAGUUCAGUAGAAGACUACAAUUACUCCGUUACUACAAUAGCAUGUCAAUGCUAUGCACACAAUAACAUAAAACGAGGAUUCAGUAAUGAUGGGGAUAAAAUACACUUUAUUAAACAUAAAAGUAAUAUGUUUAAAUAUGCAAUAUAACAAUUAUAAGUCAAUUUCAGAAGUCAUACAUAUUAAUCAUGUCACAGUAACUUAACCGGACAAUGUAGAUGCACCGUGAUCAGUUAACACAUGAGUAAUGUUUGAUUCAUAAAAGUAUGACAAGCAAUAUAAGCUUCAACAACCCUACCAGAAAACAUAUUCAAGCAUUAAAGCAGGUAAACAACUUUGCCAAACAGAUAACCGAUAAACAUCCAUCUAGACUGCAAUGAUGCUGUCCUGAACUGUGUGAGAGUGUUACUGAACUGAGUUGAACAGUGUAGUUAGUUUCUCCAGCUGGAACAUGAGACAGUCGGCCCUUCGUUCCUUUGUGUGCGGACAUGCCGUAAUGACGUAAGGAUGAACGUCAUAAACGAGCAAUUUCACGCCAAAUCGAACCCGACAGCUCAAAAUACAAAUCCGUUUUAUAGGCUUACAGUAGUGAAUCGGUGUAAGGUAAGGACAUUGUUUUAAACUCUGAUUGUUAAUGUACUCAAUUAGUAGUGGCAAUUUGUUCAUUUUUAACCAAAAAAAAUCUUACAUAGUGCAGCUUUAAUUUUGUCUAAAAGUUACUGAACAUACUGUUAAUUUUAUUCUCUGUACAGUGUCCAGACAUUCCAAUUCUGACAAAACCAAAGGUUUGGAGAAAAAAAAAACUGCAUAGGCAUCCUUGAGUGUAGUGUUAAUGUAAACUAUGUAUUUACUUGUAUAUAAAGUAUAUUUGCUCUUUUUAUUUUUUUAGAAUGUAGAUAUGAAAUGGGCGCUUCAGCCUCAUUCAUACUAUGCUAUUUGAGGAAAAUUAGUCACUCAGCAUUUGUUUAUUGAAAAAAAAAAAAAAAAAACACCUCUGAUGCCUUAAAUAGACUUUUUAGGCUUUUUCAGUUUUAGUCUCUUUUUUUGUCCAGUUUUGAGUUGACAAACUGUGCAUGUAUGAGAUGUGCAAAUGAGUGAAAGAGUGUGAUAGAUUGAUUGUGGGUUUUUUUUGUGUGUGUGUACCUUUUUAUUGACUAAUUCACUGUGAAUCCAUCAUGUGAUUGUCAAUAACAUGGCAUACUAAAAUGUAAGGAGAUAUUUCUAACUUUAACUCUAACUCGGCCAAAGAAAAAUAAACUAUCAAGGCACUGAUCUGGAACUUUGAUAUUUGGGCAGAAAUAAUUUUAAGAAAUAGUUUUCUGCAACUUCUGCAAAGUUAAAGGAUUGACAUAAGGGACAAUGUAUUCAAAGCCUAUGAGAAGGUCAUUAAAAAGUGAAAAUCUUCAGUGGGUUCUAUGGUUCAAUAUGAUGCAUUUUUUUUAUUAUUAUUAUUGUCAUAAAUUAAAGAAGUUACAUGUAAAAUAUGUCUUUUCUUCCAGUUGAUUUGCACAAACAAUAUUUUGUAAGAAAGAUUUUCUGGGGGGAAAAGUGUAUCAUGUUAAUAAUUGUGUCAUUGAAGUGAGCCUUUUUUCAAUGUUGUUGUUUUUUUACAGUGCAAAUCCAAUUUUAAUGUCACUUCUGUGCACGCAGACCUUGUAAUUCCAGAACAACCUGUGUCAUUAGUAACCAUCAAUACUCUCUGUGGACAAAUUCAAAAUUCCACUCCUUUGCUUUAAAUAAAUUGACUUUUUGGGGGAUGUUUCUGUGCCAGGCUUCACACCUUGGUGUGUUAGUUUUCUCAAAAUAGAGGCAUUUGCAGUGAUGUUCUAGAAUUAACUGUGAAAGAUAAAGAAAACUGUUCAUUCCUUAUUCUGUUUUUCAGUUCAAAUUUGUCUCUUAUCUUGAAUCCUCUCUUCUGAAAACUCAUCUUCUGUAGGACACGUUCUCCUUACAAGAGCCACAAAUGAAUAAACUACAUAGCAGUGCUGUGUUGUAUUUUGAUAAAUCUGUCACAUUCUUCAACUGGCAAACAGAACGUGGCCUACAGUACCUACAUACCACAACAGCUUGUUCAUACUGUGCAGUGAUCAGUCUCAUUUGAGUUCUUACUCUCUAGGAGGAACUUCAGCUACAAGGGAAAGCUACUUUUCCUUAAUUCUGUUCUUGCUUGUUUCUUAUUUUACAUGUGUGGAUGUAUUUAGAGAAUGUUCACCGUACCCAUUUGGUGUGUUUACGUAAUUGCAUUGUUUGUGGUGUUUGUGAAGAUGUUCAAAUUUUCUUUGUAUUCUUUUUCAGUUUACAAUAAAGUUUGUGACUUUUGAA